AACUUGAGGGUUAGAAAAGAAAACGGGUAUAAAAGAUCACUAUCGAUGCUAUCUUUCCAUAGGUCUUUCAUUCUGCGCUAGAAUAUCAUUCACGAAACGCUUUCCCGUUGUUUUUUUCAAGUUAGGUAAGCGGUCUCAUGUAAUAUUGCACAGUUGUGAAACGGUCACAGGGAAAUAUGGAGUGUAGGCGUAAUGUAUAAAAACAUCAGUAACAGUUUGUGUUGAAGUUUGAAAGAUAAAUGGACAGCCUGAGAUUGGUAACCACUUGAUCGCUUUUGCUAGUGAUGGAUACUUGAGAAAUUGAAUCCGCAUUUAAACAUUUGUCGGGAAACUGUGACGUUCGCUUUUAAAUCGUGCGAAUACACAAUAAAACAAUAAAUAUAAAAUCGCGGAUAGAUAAAACACUAAACUGUGUUUACAUGGGAUUUUUGCGAAGAUAUAAUAUGGAAAAUUAAAUUUUAAACGAGUGUUAAAUUGCCUGAAACAAAGGUGAAUUUGUCAAAUGUGUUUGAUAAACCGUAAGAGUGACAAUACAUCAAAUUUGUAGUGGGGGUAUUUACUCAUCUCUUUUAUAGGCUCACUGGCGUGUUUUUAUUGCGACUUAGUCACUGGGACGGACUCUUACUAAGUCGAUGUUAGCUUUAUUGGACCUCGUGGGCAGGUUUUAUCGAACACUGGCGCGUACCCAGCGGUAUACACAGGAGGGUAUCCGAAUGGACUCUUUUGUUACUCUCAAGUGUUUAAGUGUCAGUGAUGACAGACAUUGCUUGUCAAAGAGGGAAAAUUAAUUUAUGGCUAAGUUUAAUAUUCUAUGAUAUUUGCUUUUGAACAUAAUGGACUUACGAGGAAUUAAAAAUCUCUUUUAGCUGAUUUUGGAUUAUACGGAAAAAAGUGCAAGAUUCGUUUUAAUACAUGUAAACCAAUUUAUGUUUUGUGCAAUUACCAUUACAUCUAUUUAUUUGAAAAAUUGGAAAACAUAAAAUUAAAAAAUAUUCCGGUGAAAACUGGAAAAAAAACUUAUUGUUAGAUGAUUUCUUUUCGGUAUUUUCAGUUGAACCCAGUGUAGCGAUAGUCAAUUCAGAAUGAAAAUGAAACGAAAUAACACAAUAUUAGCAUCGGAAACGGACAGAAACGUGCGAGUGGAAUUAAACGUGAACAUAAGAUACGUCGAAAACGAUACUGUUGAUGGUGACAUCAUAACGGCAAAUACGUUAAAUAUUCAUAUAAAUCGGAAUAAAGUCUGCAACGUAAAUAUGACAGAAUCUCAGGAAUGGAGUCAAGGCUCUAGAGACACGUGUUGUUGCGGGACAGUGCAGGAAUUUAGUUACGUUACGUCAACGAAUACAUGUGUGAAACGUGCAAUUAACGUUCACAAGUCGCGUGGACAUUUGAAUCAUACUAAAUGGUCAGCGGUUUGCAUUGGAUCAAGUUGGACGCGAUUGUUGCACUUUUACGGAUGUUUGAUUAUAGUAUUUGGCGCCAUACAAUCAGUUUGUUGCCUGGAGAGCAACAACAUCUUGCAACUCAACAUUCCCACUGAGGAGCCGGUGAUAGACGCGAACACCAUCUGCAAGACGUUUCCGGAGCUGUCGCGGAGGCAGUAUCGCCUGUGCGCCAAGUACCCGGAUGUGGUGGCCUCGGCGAUCCAGGGGGUCCAGAUCGCAAUCCACGAGUGCCAACACCAGAUGAAGGAGCACCGUUGGAACUGCUCCAGCCUCGAGAAGAAGAACAAGAAUCCUCACACGAGUCCCAUGCUACAGAAAGGCUACAAAGAAUCAGCGUUCGCCUACGCGCUUGCCUCCGCGGGGGUGACGCAUCAAGUCUCGAAGGCGUGCAGCAUGGGCAAGCUGAAGUCCUGCGGCUGCGACAUGAGCAACCACGGCGAGGUCAAGGGCAGCUUCGAGUGGGGAGGCUGCUCUCACAAUGUGGAGUUCGGGGACCGCUUUGCGAAGAAGUUCACGUUGGCCCGCGAGAAGGCGCGGGAUAUUCACGGCCGGAUCAAUCACCAUAACAACCGGGCUGGCAGAAUGGUGGUAACGAAGAACGUACAGAAGCAGUGCAAGUGUCACGGCAUGUCGGGAAGCUGCGAGAUUAAGACCUGCUGGAAAGUGUCGCCAGAGUUCCGAGUAGUGGGCGAUAUCCUCAAGGAGAAGUACGAUAAAGCAGCGAAGGUCGAUAUCAGUAACGAAACAGACAAGAAGUCCAGGCGUAACCUGGUUAAGAGACAACGAAGGAGCGAGCUGGUAUAUUACGAAAACUCACCAAACUAUUGUGACCCGAACCCGCUGGUGGACUCGCCGGGAACCACCGGGAGGUACUGCAAUAAAACCACAGAGGGAGCCGGGAACUGUGACACCCUAUGCUGCGGGAGGGGCUACAAUACACUGAAAGUGCGACGGACUGAGCGCUGCAAUUGCAAGUUCCAUUGGUGUUGUUACGUCGUCUGUCAGACGUGUGUGUACAACGAAUGGGUGACAGUCUGCAAGUGAACUGGCUGGGGUAGAAACGAUGUUGUUUUUAUCAUGACCAGUGUCCUUAUUGACGUGAAGCCGGCAUGGGUCGAGUUAAAAUUUUUAAUUCUUUGCUGUUAAAAGAUGCAACAUAUAUUUGUACCCGUUCAAACAUGGACAGUAUUUCUGCAAUAUUGUUUGAAAUUAUUUGAGCAUUUGAAGUUGAUAUAGACCUGAUCAAAUACGGGAAUACGUACUUACAUCUGUAUUCGUCGGGAAGACGUGUCACCCAUGAUGGAACGUGGUCCAUCAGGAAUGGGUCGAUUAUUUCGCUUUCACAGCGAACUCUGUGCAUAUGUGCAGGUUUUUGUAUCACAGGAUACAAAUCAGUAAACGUGAUUUAUGAUGUUUAUUAUUUAGCCCGUUACAAAAGACAGUAAUACAUACUAAUUUAAAUACGUGUCAAAAAUCGUGUAUGCAGUUUUACAAACGCUGACUUAUCUUUGAUUUCGUGGGAAUAUUGUCCUUACAAUAACUUGAAAGUGUAUCAGUAAAAAACGAUUAAACGCUAGAUGAGCUGUCCUAGAAUAAUGCUUAUUUGAACAUUUGUAUAAAAUAACAAACCGCGGCAACUUUUUAAGAGCGAAAUACUAAGUUAUUGCAUUGGAAUUUUCCAUAUGUGGUGUUUUAUAUUUAUAUUUAUACUCUUUUUCUACAUGUUUGCUUCUUUCAUCUUACCUUGUUAAUAUGUACAAAGUGUUCCUUUAAAAAUUCGAUAUUAUUCUUUUGUAUGAUAUUAUAAGCGUAUGUUUGGUUUUUAUCUUGUACCACAUUACUACGAAAUAAAUGACCAAGGAUGAAUAUUAGUACAAUCGCAUUAACAAAAACGUAGCCUAUUUGCGAAACGUUUGCUGGACCUUUUUAUUUCAUAUAACUUUGAAAUCCAAUUAUCCGGCAAUAUACGUAAUCAGUGAACGAUUUAAUAUGACCACAUUUCAUUUAAUGUCUGAAUUACACAAAGUAAAAAGUGAACGUUGUAAUUCCGAUACGAAGGUUUAUUGAAAAAGCAUCGAACAGUAUAUUUUUUUAAUCCACUAAGUACUUAUCGAAAUAAUAAAACUAAAAUACACAAUUUUAUUACAUUCGCAUAUAUAUAAACAGAAUCACAGUCAAUAUCAAUUACAUCACUUAUGUUGACGUCAAGGUCAACGCACUACUUUAUAGCGAAGAUGCACUAGAUCUUUCCAUCUUAACUUACUAUACUUUAGUCUAGUACGCCAGGUAACUUUAACUCUAGGAACUAAAA